AUGAUACAAGGACGCAAGUCCAAUGGGAAUUUAGCUUAUGCGGCAAAAUCAGUGGAACAGUUUCAUGAAAAUAUAAAACAAAUAAAAUAUGAUCAUAAACUGCAAGAUAACUCCAAGAGUGAAGUACAUCAGACUGGAAAUGCAAAGGAGGAAAAGAAGAGUGUACCUCACUUGCUGUACCCAGACUCAUUUCUCUUCAAGCACUGGGGUUCAGAUUUAACAGAAGAGGAGCAAACAGUUGCACAGAAUCUUUUCUUAAAAUAUGGAUAUAAUGUUUAUCUCAGCGAUCGUCUACCUCUGGACCGACUUAUUAAAGACACCAGAUCUCCCAGUUGUCAAAGGAAAACAUAUCCCCAAGACCUUCCAACACUCAGUGUUGUACUUAUAUUUAUGAAUGAGGCACUGUCAAUCAUCUUACGUGCAAUUACUAGUAUAAUUAAUCGAACACCUUCUCAUUUACUGAAAGAAAUCAUCCUGGUAGAUGAUUGCAGUUCAAAUGAUGAUCUGAAAGGACCUUUGGAAGCACAGAUCAAAAGUUACAAUGCAAAGCAUCCUGGACUGCUGAAAAUCGUAAGGCAUCAGAAAAGAGAAGGUCUAACACAAGCCCGGAUUUCUGGCUGGGAGGCGUCAACUGCAGAUGUUGUUGCAAUUUUGGAUGCACAUAUUGAAGUGAACAUAGCGUGGGCUGAACCUAUCCUGUCUCGAAUAAAAGAAGAUCGCACUGUUAUAAUAUCACCAGUAUUUGACAAUAUUCGCUUUGACAACUUUGACCUUCUCCAGUAUUCAGUGGCUGCAGAUGGAUUUGACUGGGCACUCUGGUGCCUUUAUGAACCUUUACCAAAUGAAUGGUAUGCUCUCAAAGAUGAAACAGCUCCAGUUCGGAGCCCAUCUAUAAUGGGGAUUCUUGUUGCACAUAGAGAAUUUUUGGGUGAGAUCGGUGUCCUGGAUGGUGGAAUGAACAUAUACGGAGGAGAAAAUGUGGAACUUGGCCUGAGGGCCUGGCAAUGUGGAGGUAAAAUAGAAGUAUUGCCCUGUUCAAGAAUUGCUCAUUUGGAAAGAGCUCACAAGCCUUACUUGCCAGACUUGAGUAUUGCUGUGAGACGGAAUGCCUUGCGGGUGGCUGAAGUGUGGAUGGAUGACUACAAGUAUAUGGUCUACCUAGCAUGGAAUCUUCCAUUAGAGAAUCCUGGAAUAGAGUUUGGAGAUGUUUCUUCCAGAAAGGAACUAAGGAAAAAACUAAACUGUAAAGGCUUUGACUGGUACAUAAAAAAUAUUUACCCUAAUUUAGUAGUUCUGCCCAACAUUGUUGCCUAUGGAACAAUGAGAAACACACUGAAAGAAGACAUCUGUAUUGAUCAAGGUCCUGUCCCUGGAAAUACACCAAUUAUGUAUGUUUGUCAUGCAUAUUCACCACAGCACAUCUUUUAUCACAGCACUGGAGAGAUAUACGUAGGAGGUUUGUGUGCCCGACUGAAUAAAGUUGAUCGUUGCCUCACUGACCCUGGGAAUGGAGACCUGCCAGUUUUAGAACAAUGUGACACAGCUGUGAAUAGAGGUCUGAACUUGUAUUGGGAUUUUAAGCAAGGAUCAGCAGUAAUCAAUAGAAACACUAGAAGAUGCCUUGAAAUCACAGGAGACAAUCAGUCUUCAUACAGACUUGUGAUGCAGGCCUGCUCAGGACAAAGCUGGAAUAUUCAACAUACUCUUAAGGACUGGGGAAAGACAAAAGAUCUGGAACAGAAGACACAGCAUUCAAAGCAUUGA